AUGAUUUUGACGGAGUCAAAGGUUCCCAAUCAAGCCGUUGAACAAUAUAGAAGUGGUUUGCUGUUCGGGCUUUCGGGCACAUGCGCUAAGUGUAGACAGAAAAUUCCCCCGGACGAAUUGGUCAUGCGUUGUCAAGAUCACGUGUAUCACAUGAAUUGUUUCAUCUGUGUCCAGUGUCACACACCCCUUCACCCUGGAGAUAAGGUGUGCGCGGUCAAUGGGAGUCUGUUUUGUGAACACGAAUUUCCUCACCUAUUCUCUCCCCACUGUCCACCGACCGGGAUCUCACUAACCAGUUUAAAAAAUGCUCGACUAAAUGCUCACUCAACGGGCAAUUCCCAGUCGGAUAUCAUACGAGGCUUGGCCGUACAGAAAUCCCUGAACAAUAGCACAAGUAUGAACACAAUUGCUGGUGGUGGUCGAUCGAACGCUGCCAAUUCUGCCCUAGUUCGUUCCUCACCCGGCCAGAUGCAAUUAGGUCCCGGUAUGGACAGUUCCCAAGGCAUUGGAAUGGACAUGUCCUGCUCAAUCCUACCCAUUACCCAAUCCGAACUGGCUGCGGCCAUGAACAAUUCGCAUCCAUCCAGUCCGAGUUUUCCGUACAACAAUGGGACCACAAUAACCUCAACGAGUACUAUCUCCUCCAACAUGUGUAAUCAGAACUUUGUUGAUCGAUCCCCGUCAUCCGCUCCCGGCAUGUGUUUAUCCGACGUGGCUGACUCCAGUGCGUUCAAUGGGGCUACAUCGGAUCCAAUGACCCUUGUUUCCAACAUGGUACCUGAGAAGUCAGUGAAAAUGUCUGGCUCGGGGACACAAUCAUCCGCUUCGUCAGAUGCACCCACGGGACGAAAGAAACAAAAAGUUGGUGAUGGAAGUCUAGCCGGUGCCGUGUAA